CCCCUGAGGCAGCCAGGAAGAGGAGGGUCCCCGCUCCCGCCGUCACAGAGGGAAGAGGAAGGCAAAAGGCCGGGAUUUCGGGCUAAUCCCGACCGCGCAUCCGCUUUCCUCUCGCAGGCACAGAGCCCCAAAAGCUCCCGGCAAAGGGGUUUUGGAGCAAGGAGCCUGCAGCAAAGGGGUGCCAAGGGCUCGGCGGCCACCCAUAGGGAGCCCAUGAGCGAUCCGGAGGCUGCGGUUGAGCGGGGGCCAUGUCCUCGCUGCUGUCCCUCCAGGAGGAGAACCGCAUCCUGCAGCAGGAGCUGUCCCGUGUCGAGGACCUGCUGGCGCAGAGCCGGGCCGAGCGCGAUGAGCUGGCCAUCAAGUACAACGCCAUCAGCGAGCGGCUGGAGCAAACGCUGCGGCUGGAGACGGGCGAGCGGGAUGCAUCGGAGAGCCGGAGCCUGGCGCAGCACAACAUCGAGCUGCGGCGCCUGCUGGAGGAGGAGCAAGCUGCCUACAAGCGCAAGCUGCAGGCGUACCAGGAGGGCCAGCAGCGCCAGGCCCAGCUGGUGCAGAAGCUCCAAGCCAAGGUGCUGCAGUAUAAGAAGAAAUGCGGUGAAGUGGAGCAGCAGCUGCUGGAGAAGGCGACAGAGCUGGAGCAGGAGAGGCUGACGAGCCAGCUGGAUGUGAGCAGCGUGCAGCCGGAGGAGGAGGGCAGCAAUGAGCUGGAGAACGCCCUGAUCCGGCUGGAAGAGGAGCAGCAGAGGAGCAGCAGCCUGGUGCAGGUGAACUCGAUGCUGCGGGAGCAGCUGGAACAAGCCAACGUGGCCAACGCGGCGCUGAGCGAGGACAUCCGCAAGCUGACGGCCGACUGGGCACGGGCACGGGAUGAGCUGGAGCAGCGAGAGGAGGAGUGGAGGCGCGAGGAGGAGACCUUCAACACCUACUUCAGCAACGAGCACAGCCGGCUCCUGACGCUCUGGAGGCAGGUGGUGGCCUUCAGGAGGCACUUUGGGGAGAUGAAAGCCACCACGGAGCGGGACCUGGCGGAGCUGAGCCACGAGGCCUCUCGGGCGGGCAGGGCUGCCCAUGCCGCCUGCCUGCACCUCGCUGCCAACCUGCGCCUGGCCGAGAGCCAGGCGGGAGCGGCGCGGGAGCAGCAGGAGCUGCGGCUGGGGCAGCUGCAGGAGCAGUUGGCGGCGCGGGCGCGGGAUGCGGAGCUGGAGAGAGCCGGGCUUGGAGCGCGGCUGUCGGAGCAGGCACUGGCUCUGGAGAGGCUGCAGGAAGGGAAUGCAGAGAAGGAGCGAGAGGUGGAAGCGCUGAAGCUGCAGCUGCAGAGCUUGGAGGCUGCACGUGCCCAGGAUCCGUCUCCAGCAGAGGUGGAAUCGCUGCGCUCGGAGGUGGAGCUGCUCCAACAGACCCUGCAGGACAUCACCCAGGCCGUGCUCUCGGAUGACCCUGAGCAGCCCCCGCUGUCCCCCCCAUGUCCCCCCACGUCCCCUCACCGCAGCCUCUCGCCCAGCGCUGCUGCUGCUGCAGUGCACGCUGCCCUGUGCCGCCGGCAGCUCCAGCUGCAGGACGCCCGGGGCCAGGCAGAUGCCAGCCGGGAGCUGGCCGGGAGCCUGCGUCGGGAGCUGGGGGACAGCGAGAGGCGUGUGGGGAUGCUGCAGCGGCAGCUGGAGCAGCUCAGUGCUGAGGCCGAGGUCCUGCGCAGGGAUCGGCAGCGUGCGGAGGAGGCUCUGGCAGGGGAGCAGCAGCGCGCAGAGGCCCUGCAGCAGGAGCGGGCGCAGCUGCAGCGCCGCAGCGAGGGGCUGGAGGAUGCUCGGGACGAGGCCGCCCGCGCUGCUGAGGCUGCCCGGGGGCAGCUGGAACGCAGCCAGCAGCAGCUGGAGGAGCUGGAUGUGCAGCGUGCAGCAGUGCAGCAGGAGCUGCUGGAGGCACGGGAGGCGCUGAGCCAGGCGGCGCUGGAGGCUGAGGUGGCGCGGGGCGAGCGGGAGGCGCUGGCCGAGGCGCUGAGCAAGGCGCAGGGGAGCUGCGGGUCGCUGUCGGCAGCGCUGCGGGAGGCGCAGGCCGAGGGCUCCCGGCUGCGGGACGCGCUGGCCAAGACGAGCGAGCUGGCGGCGGGGCUGGCGCGGGACAAGGCGGAGCUGAGCCGGGGCCUGGCGCGGCUGGAGGCGGAGCGGGACAGCGGCAGCGUGCGGGAGCUGCGGCGGGAGCUGGCGCUGCUGCGGGAGCGGCUGGAGCGCGGGCAGCGCGCGGGGGCCCUGGAGCGGCUGCGCCUGCAGCGGGCGCGCAGGGCGGCGGAGGAGCAGCGCUGCGGGGGGCUGCGGGACGAGCUGCGGGCGCUGCGCGACCAGCACCUGCGGCUGCGCCGGCACCUCGGGCAGGCGGUGCAGGAGCAGAGCGCGGCGGGCGAGGCGCUGGCCCAGGCACGGGCAGAGCAGGAGCGGCUGCGGGGGGAUCUGCUGCGGCUGAGCCGGGCCCGCGAGGGGCUGGCCAAGGAGGGAGCCAGCCUGGCCGUGCAGCUCGCUGCUGCCCAGCGCCACGGGCAGGAUCGGGCCCAGGAGGCGGCCGGGCUCAGGUCGGAGAAGGAGGGGCUGGAGAGCAGCAUCUUCCAGCUGCAGCAGCAGCUCACCCAGCUCGAUGCCCGCAACCAGCAGCUGGAGGCUGAGGGACGGAGCCUGCUUCAGGCCAAGGAGGCUUUGGAGGCGGAGCUGGGCGCCGCACGGCUGGACCGGGAGCGGGAGCUGCAGAGCCGGCGUGAGGCCGUGGCCGCAGCUGAGACCACGGCGGUGACCGUGGCCCUGCAGCGCGCCCGCGAUGGGCACCGCGCCGAGCUCGACCGCCUGCAGCAUGAGAAGGAGGAGCUGGAAGCCGAGCGGGUCCGGCUCUCUCGGGAUCAGGAGGUGCUGGCAGCUGAGCUGGCGUCGAUGCGGCAGCAGCAUGAGAACGAGAAGCAGCAGGCACUGGCGCUGCAGGAGGAGGAGAGGGCUGCCCUGGCUGAGGCACUGCAGCGGCUUCAGCGGGGCCUGGCCGAGGCCACGGCUGAGCUCGAGCAGCAGCGCCGGGAGGUCUCCAGCCACCAGGAGAAGGAGGAGAGCCUGGCAGCGGAGCUGCGCACCUUGCGGGCGCAGGCAGAGGAGACAGCGGCGACGCACGAGCGGGAGGCGAAAACCCUCCGUGACCAAGUGACAGCAGCCGCCAAGCAGCGGGAUGGAGCCCUGCGGGAGGCGGAGGAUGCGCGGGCGCAGCUGCGGCUGGUGGCGGAGGCGCGGGCUGCGGGGCGGCGGGAGCUGCUGCAGGCGCAGCGGGAGGCCCGGGAGAGCCGGGAAGGCCGGGAAGCGCAGCGGCGGCAGGCGCAGGAGGCGCGCAGGGCGCUGGGGGACGAGGCGAGGGAGAAGGAGGCGCUGCGGAGGUCCAACGAGGAGCUGCGGGCGGCGCUGCGCCGCGCAGAGGGCGAGCGCAUCAGCCUGAAACGUGCCGGUGAGGAGAAGGAGCAGCGCCUGGCGCUGCUGGAGGACGGGCGGGCGGCUGCGGAGCGGGAAGUGAGCGAGCUGCGGGCGGCGCUGCGGGAGCUGGAGCGAGCCCGCCUGGAUGCGCGCCGGGAGCUGCAGGAGCUGCGCCGCCAGGUGAAGGACCUGGACGGUGAGAACAGCCGGAGGAGCAGGGAGCUGGGCGAGCUGCAGGCGCGCAUGGCCCUGGAGGAGCAGCGGGAGCAGGAGAGCCGCCGCGAAGCCUUCGGCCUCAGGCAGAAGGUGGCAGAGAGCGAGGCCGGGACGGAGGCUGCCAGGAAGGAGCUCCAGCACCUGCAGCAGCGGCUCUCGGAGGUGGAGGCCGAGUUCCGGCAGCGGGAGAAGGACCUGGCCCGCAGCCUGGAGGAGGCUCGAGGCAAUGAGAAGAAGCUCUUGGCCGAUGCCCGCAACCUGCAGCUGAAGGUGGAAGCGGCGCGGGGCGAAGCGGCCGAGCUGAGCCUGCGCCUGAGCGCGGCCGAGGGCCGGGCGCAGGGGCUGGAAGCGGAGCUGGCGCGUGGCGAGGAGCUGCGCCGGGCCACCGAGACCCGCCUGGGGGGCAUCCAGUCCGCCCUGCGCCGCACCAUGGGCAUCGGCCGCGCUCGGGCCGGCUCCCCCGGCAAGGGUGAGGGGCUCCGGGGACCCCCGCUGCUUCGUACCUUGCUUAUAGGGGAGAGGGGUGGGGGACUGGAGGGGUCAUUGAGCCCCGGCUCAUCCCUGGACCCCGAUGCAGCAUCCGAGCCCGAGGCGGUGCGGGCAGCGCUGCGGGACUUCCUGCGGGAGCUGCAGGAUGCGCAGCGGGAGCGGGAGGAGCUGCGGGUGCAGGUGGGCAGCCUGGGCCGGCGGCUGGCGGAGGCAGAGGAGCAGCGGGACAGCACCAGUGCCCGGAUGCAGCAGCUCCAGAAGCUGGUGGAUGAGAGUGAGGAAGGACGCCGCAGCGGCGGGGAGCUGAGCAGCGCGCAGGCAGCGCUGCUGCUGCAGGAGGAGACGCUGGCGCGGGGCGAGCGGGAGCGCCGGGCGCUGCAGGACAAGGUGGCUGCGCUGCAGCAGAGCCUCCGCGCUGCCGAGGGCGAGCGCCGCGCCAUGCAGGAGAGGGUGAGCGCGGAGCGAGCCGGAGAGCUCAAGGAUGCCAAGAGGAGGUUGGAGGUGGCCGAGAGCAGGAGCUCGCGCCUGGAGCUGCAGCAGAAGGUGCUGGAGGGUGAGCUGCAGCGCGCACGCACGGCCCUGGGGGAGCGGCAGGCGGAGGUGCAGGCGAUGCAGGAUCAUGCUGAGCUGCUGCAGAAACAGCUGGCAGACAGCGAGCACCGCGCCGGCACCUUGCAGCAGGCGAUGCAGCGCCUGAGCACGGCCCUGACGGACACCGGCUCCAAGGAUGCUGCUGCGGCUGCGGCCGAUGGCGCCGUGGUCCACGAGCGGCUGCUGCAGCUGCGGAGCGCGCUGGCCGCGGGCGAGCAGGACCGCCGGGCGCUGCAGGAGGGGCUGGAGGUGGCGCGGCGGGCGCUGGCCGAGGCAAGGGAGGAGAAGGCGGCGCUGCGGGAGCAGCUGCAGGAGCUGCGGCAGGAGCGGGAGGAGCUGCAGCGGGGCAGGGAUGAGCUGGAGGCGCAGAUCCAGCAGCAACAGGAGGCGCUGCUGCAGCGGCAGCAGGAGGAGCACGGGGGGCUGCAGGAGCAGCAGGGGGGGCUGCAGCAGCGGGUGAGCAGCCUGCAGCAGGCCCUGGCCCGCUCGCAGCGGGAGCGGCGGGAGGCCGAGCGCCUUGCCCUGCGCCUCGAGAAGGACAAGGGUGCCCUGAAGAAGACCCUGGACAAGGUGGAGCGGGAGAAGCUGGAGGCACAGGAGUCCUCGCUGCGGCUCUCUGCGGAGCAGAGCCGGCUGCACCGCUCCCUGCGUGCAGCACAGCAGGAGCUGGCGGAGGCGCAGCAGCGCGUGCGCAUGCUGCAGGCGCUGGCGCUGGAGCACCCAUCUCCACCGAGUUCCAGGCCCUCUCCGGUGCUGGAGGCUCGGGAGCGCAUCCAUCACCACCGCAUCCGUGGCCUGGAGGAGCAGAUCGCGCUGCUGAAGGGGCAGGAGCUCCACCGUCACCCCACCAGCAUCUAAGGAGCCUCCGUGGACCCAUCCAUGGGAUGUGGCUCUGGGCAGCCUGCUCUAGGUGAAGAUGUCCCUGCUCGUUGCAGGGCGGUUGGACUCGAUGAGCUCUGAAGGUCUCUUCCAACCCAAACUGCUCUGUGAUGCUCUGCCGCCCGCAGAGACCGGCGCAACUCAUCGCACACAUGAGGGAGGAAGUAUUCCCCAUCCCCGUGCUCAAACCCCACAUCUGUUUGUGUCUCAUCAUUCCCUUCUCUGGCACUUUCCCAACAAGAUGACACUUGUGUAUUUUUGAUACAAAUCGGGUGGGUUUUCCCAUUUUUUUAUGGCUAUUUUUAACAAAAGGUUUGGAAUUACUCCUGGUUUUUAGCCCUGUCCCUUCACCAGCCAAGCUACUUGAUUAAUGCCCCCCCAAUCUGUGAUGUUUCACAAUUCCCAGCACUCACUGGAUCCUAAUUUUCCCCUUUUUCUAACCAAAAAACUCCUCUAGGUCGGUGCUUUUGAUCUGAUUUUUAGCAAAUAGAGGGAUUUUUAUACCACUAUUUUUGGAGUUUGAGGUUUUUACUGGUGCUACCGGAUGGCCUGAGGUCAGGUACCCAAACCCCCCUGCCCUGAUCCUGGUCAGUCCCUAUUCAAUGUGGAACCCCCAAAUUGGAAGCCCAACAGGGU